AUGAUUUUCAAGAGUGUCUUCAUUUUCGCUUCAUUUGCUUUUUCCCGGCAAUUGUGCCCAGAAAGAUAUACCGAAGCCUUCGAGAGUGCUUUGAGAGACAGUAUUCGAUCAUACUUGAGAGACAAGCAGUCUUCGUUGUCUCCCUGUUCGCCGAUUUUCACGGGUCGUCCAAUCUGUUCAAAAUCACGAGACGGUGGAAAACUCUGUCAAAUCUUCUGCGAGCCCUUUCGUCCAGAAAGUGACCCAUUUUCUGAUACAAUUUGUGGCGUUUUUGUCGAGUACAAAAUUCAAGAAAUCGAAAAUAACCGAGGAGAAUUGGGAAUGCAUCGUCUUCCACCGCGGCGCAGUCUGGUCCUUGGACGAGUUACUACUUCUCUAUGCACGUGA